GUGAGAGAGAGCGUGAGGGAGAGCGUUACCCGGCAUGCAGCGGGAGAUGCGUUCGCACCAAGAUGACGGCGCCUCUAGAUGAGUACGAGAGAGAAGCAGGCUGCGUCCCUAUCCUGCACCCUGAGAUUCCAGAAUGGAAGAACUCUAAGUGAAAGACAAGCUCUGUUUCAGUAUGGAGAUAACUUCCUUUGAAGGGGAGCCUGAUCAAGCUUUGCAUCAUGAUGAAAUCAAAGACUGCCAGGGACCCUCAACUGUUGUAACAAACAAUGAUGAAUCUCAUAUUCGGACUUCAGGAAAGAUGAGCCAGCGUCAGGGGAAAGAAGGGUAUCUUACUCCAACCAAAGAUCUACACCAGCCAUCAUUCAGUCCAGGAGCAGUUCAUGGACAUGGUUUUGACAGAGGGAAGGAUGAUGCAUCACAAAGUAAAGAUGAUUCUGCGCAAUCAAUGUCAAAAAGCAAGUCAGAAUCUAAGCUUUAUAAUGGCUCUGAGAAGGACAUCACUGCCUCCUCCCCCAGUUCCUCUACUACCAAGCUUACAAAGAAGGAGUCUCUUAAGGUUCAAAAGAAAAAUUACAGGGAAGAGAAGAAAAGAGCCACAAAAGAAUUACUUAGCACAAUCACAGACCCAUCAGUCAUUGUUAUGGCUGACUGGCUGAAGAUUCGAGGUACACUGAAAAGCUGGACCAAACUUUGGUGCGUGUUGAAACCUGGAGUAUUACUUAUUUACAAAACUCCUAAAAAUGGCCAGUGGGUGGGAACAGUACUUCUGAACGCUUGUGAACUCAUUGAGCGGCCUUCAAAAAAGGAUGGAUUUUGUUUCAAACUUUUCCAUCCUUUGGAGCAAUCCAUCUGGGCUGUUAAGGGUCCUAAAGGUGAAGCUGUUGGCUCCAUAACACAGCCAUUACCCAGCAGCUACUUGAUCAUCCGAGCAGCUUCAGAAUCAGAUGGUAGGUGUUGGAUGGAUGCAUUAGAGCUGGCUUUGAAGUGUUCAGGUUUGCUCAAGCGUACAAUGAUUAGAGAAGGUAAAGAGCAUGAAGUGACCUUAACAGAGGGUGCACAUGUGUCUUUCUAUGGCCUGCUACGUGCAAACAACGUCCAUAGUAGUGAAAGCUUCCCGUUAAAUGAUAGUGAAGUUGAAAGGCAUCAUUUUAAAGAUCCAGAUAUGUAUUCUGAUAAAUCAGAUAGGGAAAAUGAUCAUGAUCGUGAUGAAUCGGAUAAUGAUGGCUUGGGAGAAAGUGAUACUGAUACAUCUGAGCGGCAGGAUGACUCGUAUAUUGACCCUGAACCUGAUCAUAUCAAGGAAACAACAUAUUUGGAAGAAGUUCAUGAAGAACUUGGGGAGGCAGGAGAAGCUUCCCAAACAGAAACUGUAUCAGAAGAGAACAAAAGCUUGAUCUGGACACUACUGAAACAAGUGCGCCCAGGAAUGGAUCUCUCCAAGGUGGUGCUACCUACGUUUAUUUUGGAAACACGUUCUUUCUUGGAUAAACUCUCUGAUUACUACUAUCAUGCAGACUUCUUAUCUGAAGCGGCUCUUGAAGAGAAUGCUUAUAAUCGCAUGAAACAAGUUGUGAAAUGGUAUUUGUCAGGAUUCUAUAAAAAGCCAAAGGGACUUAAAAAACCCUACAAUCCUAUUCUUGGCGAGACCUUCCGUUGCUUAUGGAUUCAUCCAAGGACAAAUAGCAAGACUUUUUACAUAGCUGAACAGGUCUCUCAUCAUCCUCCAAUAUCUGCCUUUUAUGUAAGCAAUCGAAAGGAUGGAUUUUGCCUUAGUGGUAAUAUUUUGGCCAAAUCCAAGUUUUAUGGAAACUCAUUAUCUGCCAUUCUGGAUGGUGAAGGACGACUGAUGUUCCUAAACAGAGGAGAAGAGUAUGUAAUGACCAUGCCAUAUGCACAUUGUAAAGGAAUUCUGUAUGGCACAAUGACUUUAGAGCUUGGAGGAACUGUUAGCAUCACAUGUGAGAAAACUGGAUACAGUGCUGCACUUGAAUUCAAACUAAAGCCAUUUCUGGGCAACAAUGACAGUGUUAAUCAAAUAUUGGGGAAAAUUAAACUGGGAAAAGAAGUACUAGCUACCCUGGAAGGCCACUGGGACAGUGAAGUUAUUAUUAGGGAUAAAAAGACAGAUGUUUCGGAGACAUUCUGGAAUCCAACACCUGAUAUCAGACAGCGGAGAUUAAGAAGAUACACAGUGAAGUUUGAGGAGCAAGGUGACUUUGAGUCAGAAAAACUUUGGCAACAUGUGACCCGAGCUAUAAACAACAAAGACCAAGCAGAAGCAACUCAGGAGAAAUGUAUUCUCGAAGAAGCACAGAGAAAGGCUACCAAAGAAAGGAAACUCCGGGAUGAAGAGUGGAUGUGCAAACUGUUUGAGCCAGAUCCACUCACAGGAGAAUGGAAUUACAGAUAUGCAGACACAAGACCAUGGGAUCCACUGAACGAUAUGAUACAGUUUGAAAAAGAUGGUGCUAUCCAAACAAAAGUCAGACAUCGGACGCCAAUGGUUAGUGUUGCAAAAAUAAAGAGGUCUGCUAAAUCAAAGAAAGGAGAGUGUGGCUUCUCCUCACCAGAACCUGAUAAUCAGGACUCCUCUGGUAGUGAAGCACAACUGAAACACAGUGCAAGAAUUCGAAAGAAGACACUAGACCUUGGUGAACUGCAAAGUGCCAUUGAAUCUAUAAAGCAAACACAGGAAGACAUUCGGAGAGACAUCACAGCUCUAAGAACCCGAAUGACUUCGAGCUCACAGACUCCAGAUAAUAACUUCUUUAACUUCAAGCACUAUGUCUUCAUUUUCCUGAUGAUUCUCCUGCAGCUUGCAAUCAAUUACUGGUUUAAAUAGAAUGCCUGGACAGAAGAAUAUAUGAAAUGGAAAGAUUAUGUCUUCGUGGGACCAUAUUUUCAGCUUGGUUUGGUUUCAAAUAUGGCAAUGUUAUCUUAAAACACAGGGACACAGAAGAUUUAGGUCUUGGCCUCAAAAGGUUGUGCUCACAUGGAGCAAUGUCUUUUAUAUUCCAUCCUAUCAAGAUGACAUGGACAAUGCUUACAUGCCAGUACCUUUCUCUUUGCAUCUUUAAAUGCUGAAUAACUGCCUUGCAUAUUCUAAAGUGUUGUAGACUGCCAUGAUAAAUACCAAUACAGGAUAUGGCAGUUCGGGGAAUUCAAAAGACAUCUUUUUUUCAUAACCAUAAAAUCUCCAGUGAUCAUAUUAACAAAACAAAUGAAUUCUAACCCAAGACUUCUUCAAAGUUUAAUGGGAAUUAUGAUCUUCAUUCAUUAGGAAAAUUAUAUCUAGUGAUGUCCAUUUGGAAAACUAAUAGUUAUACAAUGCCUAAAUUACUCAGUUGUUCGUCGCCAUUAACAAGUUUAAGCUAUUAGUCCAGCAUUUCACAAACUGUACAUUUCAAUGAUCGUUACUUACCUGUUUUCCUUAGUUUAUGAAAACGGAGUUCCAUUGAUAGCAUGAGUUAAUUAAGGUGAAAUUAAGGAGCCUGGAGAAGUCACAACCCAGCAACAUUUUCACCCAUUUGUUUCCAAACAGCAUCUCCACUUGACAAAUUGCAGGCUUUGUGUUAUAUUCUGAACAGUUCCAGAUACACUUUAUGUUGAGGUGCAGAUGGUAAGAGCUGUGAAGAGGUUGCUGUUUGGGUAGAAAAAGUUGUAUUAGAUGACAAAAAAGGCUUUCUAGAUUGAUGCAAACAUCAGACAGCAUAAUUUCUUUUAGUUAUGUUUCUGCAAACAUUGGGCUUAACAGAGCAACUUGGGCCAUCAGAAUAUAAUUGGGUCAGAACAUUAAUGCUGUAAAUACAAUCUUGGGUAGCAACCUCAUGAUUUCAAGAAUAACUCACUGAAGCCAGGUAAUUUCCACUCAGUGUUGUUUAGCAACAUUUGCUGGGGUGGGGGGUGGGGAAUCCUGGCUCAUUAGCCUGUGCUUAAUAUACGCUGAGCUUUUGAUUUGUUAAAUUUCCGUCUCUAAGUCAAAAUACCCGUUCUGCAAAUCUGAUUGGAUUCUUACAAAAGACAAAUAUGUUUAAACCCAUUUGUUAGUUCUUUUGUUCUGCUUGUUUACAUUACAUAUAUAGUACUAAUUUAAGAUUCAGUGUAACAUGCAGAACAGCAGGAAGUUCCAGUCUUCAGUGAUCUAUGUAUUUUUAUAGCAAAUAUAAAUCCAUUCACUAAGACAUGCAUACACAGUUGUAGGAUUCAAAUGAUCUUUACGAAGCUGUCAGUUCUUCUGUUAUACUAUUUAAAAUGGCUUAAGCAGAGUAGGAUAACCUGGGUUCAAAUUAGACAUACUUAUCUAUCUUUCUGAUUUUAAUCUUUGCCCAGCAGUGGAGAACCUGUGGCUGUCUACAUGUUGUUGGACUUGGACUCCCAUCUUUCCCAGCCAGAUUGGCCAGCAAUGAUGGGAGCUGAAGUCCAACAACAUUGGAGGGCCACAGAUUCCCCAUCUCUGGUCUUGCCUGUCUUUUAAUCUUCUCCUUUUGUUCUGCCUUGUGGGCUUCUUGCCAAAUCCAUUUUUAAAAGAUCAUAUUUAAAUAGACAUUAAAUACACAUUUAACACACAAUUCCAUAACAAAUUAAGUUGUUUCUAGUGCUGCAACUCAUAAGUUAAUAUUUAACAUAGUUGUAGUUGUAUACAGUUUAGUUAUAUACAGUUUAGUCUGUAUAGAUCCAGAUGCUUUACAGAUUGGCUUGGAUGCUUUCAUAUUUAUACAUGCAAGUUGUUGAAAGAUCUCUUGUGACAGUAGCACCAGCAAAUAGUUAUACUAUGAAAAUGUUUAUGUUCUGAUUUGUAUGUAUUGAUGAGCAUUUGGGACAACUAGCUAUUCUUACUGUGCAAUACCCAAUGGUCAAAACUGUUAUAUUAACUUGCUUUCACUGGACUUUGGCCCUGUCUGCUUUACGUGCAUAUAGUACUAUAUUAUACCUCUGCCCAUGUUUUGUUUGUGCAUUUAUUUUGUAGAGUUAGAAAUUAUAUUCAGUUUCUUUCUUUGGGUAUUUCUUAUUUAUUUGUUUUUAAGAAAAUGUUCUGUGACAAAGUUAAAUCACAAGAUUCCUUUCUUCUGCUGUCUCAAAUGUAGAAAAACACAGCUCUUAAAAUGUAAAUUCUUCCUUUGCUGCUUUAAAGAAUUCCUCGGGUGAGCAGAACAAAGGAAUUGAUUGCCUGGUUAAUUUUUUUAUACAAUGUGGUUGAUUAUGGGCCUAGGCUAUGAAAUGUUUAUCCAUAUAUAAUAUUUAGCCGUGUGUGUAUGACCUUAGAUUCCAUCAGAUUGACUGUUUUCUGCACAUAAUUAUAAAAAACCCUGAUUGUACAGUUUGUAGAACUCUGAAGGCAAUGAUGUCCCUGUUAAUUUUUAGUAUUUAAAGCAAGCACUUGAUUUUUCACUUGAUUAUGUGUAUUUUAUGUACAGAAGUAGAAAAUAGAACUGCUUUUUACUGCCAUAUUUAUGGCUGUUUGUUUAAAAGCAAUGCACUAUAAUCCUUUAAUAUUCCAUGUAACCAUUAACAUACCUAAAAAGUAAAUGUGUUGUAUGUAAAGUAGUAAAUAGAAUUCUGGCAAUACACACACUCUCUUGUAUCUUACGUGUUGGGUUAGUUUAUAACUGUUAAGCAUCCUUUAUAAGAGUAUAGUAUGCUUGCUUUUCAUAAAAAGUUCAUUCUGAUAGCUAACAGUUAUCAGUUCAUUGCCCUCCUGUGCCUUUGGGAAAAUAUGUUAAUGAAAUGGAAUGAGAGUUAAAUACGUUUGUCUCAUCUACCAUGAUGGUAGUUAUUUGCUUUAACAGCUGUUUCUUCUUCAUGGUUUUUAAUAUAAUACUUAACUGCUGAACUCUUAUGAGUGACUGCUGUGUUUCUACUGUAUCCUCAGUUUUGGGCAUCUUUUGAGAGUAGGCCAUCGGAUACUUGAGUAUUGUAGCAGUGCCUUGAUGGAGUUCACACAGAGAUCAGAUGUGUGUGUAUAUAUAAUAAUGUUGUCAAGGUUGUGCCAUAUCUAUUCAUUAAACUUGGAAGCUGUUAUGUUUCCAAUAUUAACUUUCAGACAGAUAAUUGGAAAAUGAUAUGGUACAUUUAUAGAAAAACACAUCCUUUUUUCCCCUUUUAAUAACUCUAAUGACUGGGACCCAACAAGAUUUCUACAUAUUGAAGUAUGUCUUUUUGUCCAAUGAAGCUGCAAUGCUUUGUUUGUGAUACUACAAAAUAGCCAUAAUAAAAACCAUAACAUCACAGACAGAUUAUUUUGGCUUCACUUUUGUUUUCAAGGGUCAAAACUUUCUAAGAAAAUAAACGUCUGUGAACCAAAGUUUGUGUGGGAUGUGAGGAGGAAAAUUACUGAGAAUCUAAAGACAAUUAGGUAUCCAACUUGUGAUGGAACCUGUGGAAAAUCACUUCUGAUGAAAUAGCUUCCUCGUGUGAACCAAGAAACACAUUUAGUGGUUUUAAACUGGCUCAGAUCUGGAAAGCACUUUUAAAUUUAAAGCCUUUUGCUGUUCUUGAAUUCUUGAACUCUUGUUCACUUUUUUCUAAUUUUUGAGCUUCACAGUUCCCACCACAUUUUUUUAUUUUUUACUUUAACACAUUGCUUGGAUUUUUAUACUGUUAUACUUUUUUAAACUGAAAAUGAGCUGUUGUACUAAAGCGGUGGUUAAUCCAUUGCAUACAAUAUAUAUAUAUAUAUAUAUAUAUAAGGAAAUGUCAGAAGUUAUGACAAAAUGAAUGUGAAUGCACUUAUUAAUAUAUAUAUAUAUAUGAAAACACUAUUCAUGUAAGUGUUUUUGUUUCUACAUAUCAUGUAAAAUAGCAUUAUUAUCAUUGCACUUUUCUUUUUAAAAAAAUCAUGCUUCAUGCAGUGUGAUACGAGAAACAAGUAAUAAUUCCUUUAAAGGAACUGGAAAUUGUGUGUUGCAUGCUUAAAUGUACAGCUGAGUUCAACAACUUGUUUAAAAGGCCAUUUGUAAAUUUAAAGCUCUACCAUUGGUCAGUAGUUUUGUACAAUUAAAGAAAUAAAGUGCUGUGAUCAAGAUUA